CGCCUUUUAGGGCCUGUGGCCGGUCCCCGCGGCGGGAGGGCAGGGCCGGGCCGGGUCCAGGGGCCGCUUUUAUCCGCCAAUCGCGCCCUUCCCUUCCCGGACGGGGCCCGGUCCCCACGUCCUUGGCAUCCACCCGUGCGUGCAGGCCGGCUCCGUGUCCGACUGGGCUGGGGGGCCCCGACCGGCGACAUGGUCAUCAGGGUCUUCGUGGCCACGUCCUCCGGCUCCAUCGCGAUCAGGAAGAAGCAGCAGGAGGUCGUGGGCUUUCUGGAAGCCAAUAAGAUCGACUUCAAGGAACUGGACAUCGCUGGUGACGAAGACAACAGGAAAUGGAUGAGAGAGAACGUGCCAGGGGAGAAGAAGCCCCAGAAUGGGAUCCCGCUGCCGCCCCAGAUCUUCAAUGAGGAGCAGUACUGUGGGGAUUUUGACUCUUUCUUCUGUGCAAAAGAAGAGAACAUUAUUUUCUCCUUCCUGGGGUUGGCCCCCCCUCCAGGCUCAAAGGUGUCAGAAUCCCAGGAGGAAGCAGCUGACCUGCCCAACGGCGAUGCCACAGAAGAGACACAGGGUUCAACGGAGGGAACAGAGAAUGUGGAAGAAAGUGAAGAAAAGGAGGCAGAAAAAGAGGAUAAAGAAGACGCAGAUGACCUAGCAGAAUCCCAAGAGGAGAAAACAGAGGAAGUCACCGAGGAGGGAGCCGAGGGGGAAACUGAGGCUGGGGAUGAGGAUCCGGAAGCAGCAGAGGAAGGUGAAGAGGAGGAAGAUUCUUAGCCGAAUGCAAGCUCCAUGUCCUGCUCUUUCCAGAGACCUAGGACCCGAGGUACUGACCAUGGUCUCCCCUGUUUCAAAACAAACUCAACAGAGUGCUUGGACUGGAAGCUGGCACCUCUUUUUCUGUACAUCCGAGGGUUCCCCAAGCAGAGGCAGCUGCCGCCGAGGGUCAUCCUUCUUUGCAGGAUCCUUCAGCCCCAAGGAGAAAGUUGUGACAAGGCACUACAUGACAUGCCCUGACUUUGGUCUCUGCUUUGAAUUUCUGUGCGUGUGUGCUUUGCCGCAGACCUUCUGAUGAAUACCCUGAAAUCACAGUUUAAAAAAAUAGAGCUCCUGUGAUGUAACAAGUAUCUUUCCCCCUUUCUCUUAAUGUGCCUUCAUUUACUUGUCUCCAAAUGAAUAAUUUGAAAAGGGAGAAUUUUCCAGAAUCUGAAUCCCCAAAUAAAGAUCAGUAGCUAAUGU